AUUCUUCUACCGUAGAUCCUCUCGAUGAUUACGAAAUUAUCGGAGAUGGAUUGGCAUAUUUCAUUAAGUAUGGAAAUAAUACCGAUGUUACUGAACAUAAACCUUACCUAAAGGAAGUAAUCAUCUUAAAAGAAUUGGCUCAUGAAAUUGAGAACGCCACUUUUACGAAGAAACACGUAAUUAUUUCCAUGGCAGACUUUGAAAUCAACGACGAAUCAAUUACCACUGAAUACGUAGAGAAACACGUUGACAAAAUCGUACGCCUAUUAAUUCAAAAAGAAUUUAAAGACAUACUCGUAUUAUUUCCACCAGUGCGACCUAUGAAGGGUUCGUACGAUACUACGACUAUUAAAAGAUGGUAUGAUUUUCUUCAUAUAUUCCAAAGCGUAGAAGUGUCACGUAACGUUCGAUUUGCUUCUGAACCUACAAAAUUAUUGGCCAGAUUAAUGAAAAAUCCAUCAGUAGGACCUCAAUGGAUCGUUGCUCACGACGAAUACGAUCAGGUAGUUCCUAACAUGGAAUUAUUUUAUUAUGACGAUCGUAUUAAAGAUUAUAAAAUUAGUAUUAAGGCUCGCGAUGAAUUACUUGGUUUUCUAAGGAAAAUCUGCGAUCCUACUAAGAGAAAGAUUGAUCCACGAACAUCUCCUACCGAUGAACCACAUGUUUCUGAAGAAGAAGAAGAUACUAUCUACGUAUCUGACGAAACAGGAAACGUUGGUCACGUAACUGUGGAUUCAUUACGAUUAUUAAUUAACAACAUGGCAGCUGCUAGUUGCGAAGCUUCUACGGAUAUGUUACGUACCUUAAACAGAUCGAUGAGUGAACAACUCGACGCUUCUCUCAAUACUUCCGGUACCUCGAAUCUCGAUUCUGGUAUACACGAUCAGGAAGAGAGUGAAGACGUUACCGAAGAAUUCCACGAUUUACCAGAUAAAGAUAAGUUUAAGCAUUUCCCAGCUAAUUCAAUUAGAAUGGUGAAUGGUAUUUCCGUAAGCAAAGAUUCAAACGAUACGCAGGAUCCUACGAUAUUUUCGAAACCACCUAUGAAAGUAUCUGAAAUUAAUCGUACAUUAAUGUCACAAUUACUACACGAUAAAAGCGAUCAAAUUACCUGUGUAAUUCCACUUCGUUUGGGUAAUGCUUGCUAUCCAGCUCAGUUAGAUUCUGGGGCAGUUCCCAAUAUUAUGUCCGAGGAAACAGCGAAGUAUAUUAUGGAUAAUCAUCCAGAUGAUUUAGAAUUCAUUCAGCUCGACGUACCGGCCGUCUGUGUUUUGGCUGAUUCUAAUGAAGCUGAAACAGCUGAUUAUAUUAUCGUUCCAACAUUAUAUUUUGGGAAACAUGCAUUAAAAAUUCCUUUUUAUGUACUUAAAGGUUGUAACCAGGUAUUUAUUAUCGGUACUCAAUCAAUGAGGCAUCUUGGAAUUGAGCCCAGAAUUUCACGAGGUAAAGCUAUCUGUCGCCCUUCGCCGAAAGUUCACACGGAAGUAGUUGAUUUCUUAACACCUGAGCAAUAUGAAAAUAAAUUAAAUAUUUCUUCAGCUGAGAUGAAAUCAGCUUAUAAAGCCGAAAUGAAUCGAAUAUUAGGUCGUACCAGCACUCGUAGUAAUUACUAUAAGUUACCUGAAGGUGUGAUCGACGAUGGACCGGAAAUAUUUGUUACCAGAUUGAAGGCAGAUUUAGCCGACGCUGUAAUUGCUGGAAGAAUUACUUUACAACAAUCCGAACUUGCGUAUCGUACGUUGAGUGAAUUUAAAGAUGUAUUUUCACGAUUUCCUGGAAAAUAUAUUGGAAAGAAAGAAGAAUUAAUUUUCAAUAUUCCUUACGAUAAAAUACGUUAUCGAGGGGCAAAAUAUAAUCCCUCUCGUAAAUUAAUGGAUGACUUACGUAAGGAACUUCAGGUGAUGCUUGCAACUAACGUUAUUGAGCCAUCUAACUCGAUUUACAUUAAUCCCAUCGUGGUGAAUGUCAAAAAGAGUGGCGAGAUACGUGUCUGUCUGAAUCCUGUGGAUUUAAAUCCCAUAUUAGAAGUGAAUUAUAAUGAAGCUGGACUUCUUGACAGAAUCAUUACCGAAGAUGCUGAAGCUAAGCUGUUCAGUACUCUUGACUUCGUGUCGGGGUUCUGGCAGAUAGUAUUAGCUGAAAUAUCACGUAAGUUUUGCGCUUUCCAAGUUGAUGGCCGCGUAUAUCAAUUUAUACGACUUCCGUACGGCUUGAAAAUAUCUUCUGCAGUAUUCGUUAAUAUGGUAAACGACAUCAUACCAGAUAAACAGGGAAUUACGAAAUAUGUCGAUGAUAUUCUUCUUCGAUCUGCAACAUUUGAAAAGAUGUUAGGAUUAUUAGUAGAAGUACUUACGAUAUUACGAACUAAUAAUUUACGUCUUAACGCUAAAAAGACUACAUUCUUUAAGGGUGAAACCGAACAUCUUGGUUUCAAUUUGAGUCAUGGAGCAAUUUCGAAGCAAUCUGCUAAGAUUGAUAAAUUUAACGAUUAUAUUGCUAAACAUACGAAGAACGGAAAAUUUAUCCUCAAAGAUAAAAUACAAAUACUCGAAUUUAUUGGUUUGACUGGUUUAUAUCGAAGAUUUGUUCCUAAUUAUCAACAAAUAAUUGCUCCUUUGUAUGAAUUAACUUGUGACAACGUUCCCUUUGAAUGGGGACCACGUCAAGAUGAAGCUGUAAAAAAGUUGAUCAUUGAAUAUACGAAGGAUUUCGAAUUGACUCCACCUCGAAAUAAAAUUGAUUUAUAUUUAGAUACUUACACGUCUACUGACGCAAUGAAUGCUGUACUAUAUCAGCAUUACGAAAAUCAAGACGAAAUAAUUAUGUUUUCCAGCCAUAGUUUUAAGCCACACCAAAAGAAAUACACUCUCAUUGAACGAGAGAUGUAUACGUUGGCUAAAUCAAUCAAAAAACUACAGCUGUGGUUACACGGAAGGACAAUACACGUUCGUAGCGACCUAUUUUCUAUCGUUAGCAAAUUUGAAACGCUCGCGGAAAUACAUAGAAAAGCCGCGGGCUGGAUAACGUUAUUCAAUUGCUAUAAUUUAAUCUACGAUUUAAGAAAAAGGCAUAAAAAAUGGUUCGGCAUGCAAGCGCCGGAACUUACCAUUAACAGCGUGAACUGUAUUAAUUCCAUUGAUGGCAAUUACGAUCUUCCUGGACGAAUUAAAACACAAUUAUUGGAACAUUUAGCUCGCAUACACAUUCUACAGAAGCAUGAUUCCAGAUGUAUGAAUAUCGUUCAACGCCUUAAAACACCAGAUGAUGAUUUGAGCGAGACAGCUAAAACAAUCAAGGAAAAUCUAAGUAAACGUUACUCAUUUGAUACUACUGAUACUAAGGAAUUACUCAUGUACACGUACAGAGAUAAAACUAAAGUACCUGUACUUCCGGAUGUAUUAUUCAAGGAUUUGAUCUUAUAUCUCCACGAGAUUUACGGUCACGUAGGUGCGAAUAAACUCGAAGCUAUCUUUCGCAGGCUCUAUUAUUCCGCCAACGCUAAACAUCUUAUUCGUUUUAUCACCGGUGAGUGUUUACACUGUAAAACAAAUAAAAAUUACUCGGAAAGAAAGCCACUUGAAUUUGCGUAUACACAAGCAUACUCACUAGCUGAUGUUAUUUCCGUGGAUAUCCUUGGUCCUAUUUCAAACUACUCAGAUCAGCCUCGUUACUUAUUGGUUUCGAAGGAUGUGCUUUCUGGAAAAAUUUGGCUAUCUCCGUUGAAGGAUAUCGUGCAAGAAACCGUUGCUGGGGCAAUGGAUGCUGUAAUUAAGGAAAUAAAAGCUAAAAAAUUCAAAAUUCGUAAGAUUAUAACAGAUAAUGCUACCCAGUUUACUAACGCUAUAUGGAAGCAAUUACUUACGAAGCAUAAGAUUGCCAUUGGUCACUCGACAGCUCAUAAUCCUCAAUCCAACUUGGUUGAGCGUUCUAUGCGUGAUAUUGGCAAUCGUUUACGAGUAAAAUUAAACACUCACGCUGAAGGAGCCUACUCACAUCAUGGCUGGAGUACAUACAUUAAGGAAAUCGAAGAGGAAAUAAAUAAUACUCCAAACGAUGUAAACGUACCUCCGAACGAAGUUUGGCGAAUCGAUGAGCUCGAUACUGAGAUUCCUGUUAACAAAUGUGAAAUUGAUGCAAGGUAUCAAUUGCGUCUAUUUAGAGAAGCUCAACAAAAGCUUGAUGUACCGUCCAUUACACGUUCUCAAUUAAUUGAUGAUAAGCUCGAUAUGCUGAACGAUGUUUAUACUUCCUCUGAAGGCGUCGUAUGGGUAUCCAUUGAUGGUGCUUGCGCCAAUAAUGGAUCUGAGGACGCCAUCGCAGGGAUUGGAAUUUGUUUUCAUCCUAAUGGAUUAAGAAACAUAUCAGAACGUAUUGAAAAUAAAAAUUACACGUUAACUAAUAAUUUAGCCGAAGCCGUAGCUCUACUUACCGCUAUGGAAAUUAUGUUGAAGAACGAUGUACGUAAGUUGAGAGUAAUCUCUGAUUCUCGCUAUUUGACCUCAGCUAUCAAUGAUACUUUUGGAAAAUGGUCGGAGAAUGACUGGAAGAACUCGGCUAACAAGCCAGUCCACCAUCAGGAUAUUUUUAAAGACAUUAUGCGAUUAAAAACACAAUUUGAAAGCUUCGAAUUAAGCCACGUAUAUGCUCGUGGAACCGAUUUUGGAAAUUUCACAGCUGAUAAACUAGCUCGUAAAGCUGUUUAUACCAGCGAUUUCGAUAUUAGUCGAAUUAACCGGAUGUCGAAUCAUCAAGCGCUUAUAAGAUUAAUUAAAGAACGCCGUGCGCUACAUAAUCAAUCUAGAGAGCAAAAACACAACAAACGAUUUGGCGAUCCCAGAAUUUUCCAGCCCGGCGAACUCGUAUUGAUUACUAAUCAUAGAUUAUCGUCUGCUGAUAAAGGUGCAUCAGCAAAGUUGUAUCCAAAGAGACACGGGCCAUUUGUUAUAAUUUCUCAUGCCGGUAAAAAUUGUUAUGAGGUUCAGAAAAUUGCUGACAAAUCAGAUCGACGUCUGAUUAACGUUCGGCAAAUUACUACCUAUUUAAAUUUAUACCAUCUUCGAAUUCUGCGAAAAGAACCAAAGUUACGCAGCUUGUUAGACAAGCGCUCAUUACGCAAGAGAAUUUAUCAUUUUGCCGAGCAUAGAGACCUAUUGGAAAAAUUUAUUAAAGACCUAGAAGCCCCUAAGAAGCCGUAUCGUAAGUUUGAAGACAUGAAAGAAGAUGAAAAGCUAUUAGAAUUUAAUAAAAUUCGUAAGAAAUAUCGAAGAAAACCCAAAGAAUCAGAACAAGAACAAUUUGAUUCAAUCUUGACCAAGGUAGUAUCUGAAAAGGGUGAGAGGGAAAAUAUUCAAAAAGAAGCUAAUGCUCGUUAUAACCUGCGCAAGCGCAGAAUUGAUUUGAAUUACGAUGAAGGUACGGAUUCACCCGAAGACGUACCUGCGCCGACACGAAAGCACUAUAAGAACGUAAAUUCAAUAAUUUUGAACUUGCUGAAUCACGAUCAACGAAUGAAAUUCGUUCAUUUUACCACCGCGCUUCCUGAUUGGUCGGAGAUACCUCCCACCACUUUAAAGUUCACCUGUUGAUUACCUACAAAUUUAACCGAUAUUUCCGCAAAUACCUUUUUUCUUGUAUUCAUUAUAUUGCAUAUCUUCUUGCUGCUCACAUCGCCGUUGCUCUCUCAUUAAAUAAAUAUACUGAAUAUUUGUUCAUUGAUUUGACUAUUGGAUAUUUUCAAAAUAUGAUGCACAGUCUUUAGCUGAAGCGUUUCCAAUUUAUUAUUGUCAGAUUAUAUCGUAUAUUCUCUAGUUUAUAUACUAGACAGCGUUACUACCUACUUAUAAUAAAAUUGAUUCGAUACCUGUAAAUAAAACAUUGUUUCGAAUUGAUUAAUUUUCCCAAUUAUGUCAGUAAUUAGUCGCCAGUCACCCCCAAGGUUCAUUAACCUUGGCGAAAACGUAUACAGGGUGCGCAGAUUUAAUGGUAGCUAUCAAAACGUAUUUAUGCCUAUUACAUACGACUCUCUCGAAGACAAAUUGAUAGAGGCUAGGUGCCGAUGGGGACCUACCAUGCCUAUGGACUUGCAAGACCAUUUUAUGUUCGCUCAACAGCAUUUCUACGUGAGCAGAUACAUUUCACUAUCUAGGCACGAUGGUCUCCAUAUUUGUCAUGCAUUCAUCAAUGGCUGGUGGGUCAUAGGGGACGGAAUAGCACAUAGUAUUGUGCGAGAGGUCCUAAAAGAUGAACCCAGAGUCAGAAAUUUGUGGGAUAACUCACGAGUUUCAGGUACAAAUAUUUCUGCUAAAAGGCUAUUAUUCAAUAUUCGUCGUCAUAAAAUCAAAAUACCCCCUAGAAUCAUUAUUUCCAUGGGAAGCCACGAUAUGCUGAAAGAAACUUUCAACAAAGCUUGCAGCAAUACGACGGAGCUGUUUGCUCAUUUAUUGAAUCAUGGCGCAGAGGAAAUUUUGAUUUUGCCAAAUAUUCGUUCCCCUUUGUUACCUGAUCAGACAUUACGUAAUAAAUACCGAAAAUUCCUCCAAAAUACUCUCCCUAAAAUGGAUUCAGAAAUUAUUGAUUUUGCGUGGAAUUGUGAAGAAGUUAUUGAUAGAGCUGAUCCAUUCCAUAAGGAUGGUGUUGGCAAUUAUUAUUGCAACCCUAACAUUCAUGCUGAACUAGCAUUUCGAAUCAUUAAAUUUACUCAAAAUUGGGAACCGUAUUGGAGAUUGAAUGUCUAAAUUCAACCGAUAUUUACGUAAAUGUCUGCUAAAUGCUACGAUACCCUGUACAUAUUAUAAAUUGACUAAUUUGCAUUUCGAAUGGCGUACUAAUUACAUACUUCGUAAAUAUCAUAUUCGUUUAUUUGAAUAAGAAAAGGCAUUUUAUUUGGUAUACCUAUUUGUUUUGCGACUAUACCUACUUGACCGAAGGCAGUUUAAUUUUGUCAAUUUGAAAAAAUCUGCUCGCAAAUAGCUGACGCAAAUGCGAUAACAUCGAUAGGCAGAAGAGAAAGAGAGGAGGUGGUGUUUUCGGUAACGUUCCUAGAACACAAAGGAUCAUUCCUUAUCUUUUUCGUGGAACCGGUCGCCGAGCCGAUGCUCAACUUAUUGCGACAUUCAACGCCAUUAGUAUUCUGUCUUUGUUCAAGUGAUGUUACUUUCUAGCCAUCUCGGUAUAGUUGUGAAUUUUUCUAUGUGUUUUUGCGAUUUUUUAUUAUAAUUUGUUAUUCUACGUUAAAGGUAAAGUUCAGUUGUUCUCAACUGUGUUAUAAUUAGUUCGCAAAGGUAUAUUUUUAUUAAUUUGAAUAUUUUUUACCCCAAACAGUGUGUGGUGCGACGCCAUCUUUGCAUGGAUUUGUUAUUCGACGAUAUUUAUUUGGAGUUAAUUCAACAUUAAUUGUUGGAAGAAGAUUUCCUAUUAUUAUUUUCGUUACCGAAGAAGUAUUUUAUUUGCGGUAUUAAUCGUCGUCCUGCCAUCAUUUCGGUGAUAUAUGUGACAUUUGGUUUGCGAUUCAAAAGGUGAGAACAUUCCACUAGUUAUUACUAUUCGUUUACGAGCAAGAAUACUUACAUAUACUUUUACCUACAGAUCAGUAUUUUCGGUUGGUGUUGUAAUAUUUCCGUACGUGUGGCGUUAUUUAUUAAUUGCUCGUCGACGUUUACUUGAGCGGUGAUAAUUUGUUUCGAUUUGGAUCGAUUGAAUUUACAAAAGUAUGCAUCCCUACCGUGCACCAUCUUGUCAAUGGUGCGGUGAAGCGUUCGAGGAGCAUCAGGAGGUGGUCAGGAAUGAGACAUGCUCUCACUGCUACCACCGAAUGUGCGUCCGUGAU